AUUGCCCGGAGCCCUUGCUAGCGAUUGGCUAAGAAUAGGCUCGCCUCUUGCUCGAGAUUCGCUGUGAGCUCCAGGAAGCCCGCCUCCGCUCUCCCAUGAUUCGCUACUUCAGUGUUCUUCCGCCCCUCCAUCAACCAGAUUGGGUGCUUGGCGGUCCCCGUCGUUAGCGCGUACCCAAGUACUGCUUGCUGCGGCAGAGACGCCAGAGGUGCAGCUCCAGCAGCAAUGGCAGUUACGGCGUUGGCGGCGAGGACGUGGCUUGGCGUUUGGGGCGUGAGGACCAUGCAAGCCCGAAGCUUCGGCUCGGAUCAGUCCGAGAAUCUCGAUCGGGGCGCGGGCUCCAUCCGGGAAGCCGGUGGGGCCUUUGGAAAGCGAGAGCAGGCUGAAGAGGAACGAUAUUUCCGAGCACAGACUAGAGAACAACUGGCAGCUUUGAAAAAACACCAUGAAGACGAGAUUGUUCAUCAUAAGAAGGAGAUUGAGCGUCUGCAGAAAGAAAUUGAGCGGCAUAAGCAGAAGAUCAAAAUACUAAAACAUGAUGAUUAAGUGCACACAGUUCCCCAUAGAAUGGCACAUGUCAUUGCCCACUUCUGUGUAGACAUAGUUCCGGUUUAAUUAAUAUUUGUCUGUGUGCUACUAACAGAUUAUAAUAAAUUGUCAUCAGUGAA